ACUGCAUUUGUUUAUUCAUCGACGCUGGCUGAGCCACGAGACACAUGGUGCACAUUACCCUUGUGUGUGUGGAUGAGUGAGUCAUGAGCGACUAAUGCCGCCAGAGGUAAGUGAGGUGACACACACAUAAAUGACAGACUGUCCACAGUAGUCUCACACGCACUCAUGAAUCCAUCCGGGCAGCCAGGCAGCCAAACCGCAACAUGCCCCCCUCUCCCCCUCUCGCUGUCCGUAUACACCGAAAAAGACUGGGGACCAAUGCCAAGCAAUCUGUCUUGUUCCCUAUUCAACCUAUUCAAUCACUUCAGUCCACCGCGUCCUCUCCCCCGCGCCACACCAUGCCCCCACGAUGCCCGUCCACUAUCGUGGUGAGGGUCCGGCUCAGUCGUGCAGACACAAACGCAGCACCGAUCCGGGUCCCCCAACAGCUCCAUUAUCGCCGUGUGCCCUUCGCCGACCGCCCCACCCAGCACUAUCAGUCGGCCACGAUGGCCCCCGUCGACUUGUCCAACACGGCCGCCCCCGCCCCCCACUGUGUGUCAUCUGUGGGAGAGGCCGCCAGCAGCUCAUUCACGCGCCGGGAUGCAGCAGAGGCACGACAGUAAGACACCCAGGAUCUGAAGGUGCGGAUGUGGCGGCUGCCACAAAGCCAGUAGAACAGGACGAAUGCCACCAUUGAUGUGUAGUUGGCUUAUGUGCCGCCGUCUAGCUGUGUGGGCGGGUCGGCGGGAUCCAAUGCAGCAUGAGGGAAGUGUGGACUCGGUUCGGUGAGGAGGGUGGGGAGGCAGUGGGUCUGAGAGCGGAGAAUCUUGUUGCGGGUCCACCAGCUGUAUCUGUUGGCCGUUGUGGUUCAAAGUGAUCAUCUAUCCCGCCACACAUUCCGCCCCAGGUGAUGUCCCAGCACACCCAUCACAGCAUCGCGCAUCUGGACGAGGGGGCCCACAAGGUCGCGUAGAUGCCCACAUAGCGUCCAUCCCCCCACUCCUCCAGCUUAAUGAGUGCCAUGUGUCCCUCGCCCAUCGCCUCACUCCCAAGCACCACCAGCCGCUCAUGGCCCUCCCCGUCAGACCACUUCUCGUCGAACACGGCCGCCCCCGCCCCCCACUGUGUCGCAUCGCUGGGAGGGGCCGCCAGCAGCUCACACACACGCCGAUAUGCAGCAGGGUCAGGACGGCAAGACCACCAGGCUUUGAUGCAAGGGAUGUGGCCGUCUUUAUAGAGCCAGGAGAGCAGGAUGAAUGCCACCAUUGAUGUGUAGCUGGGGCUCGUCCAGUCGCUCAGCUUAGUGGGCGGAUUGGCGGGGUCGAAUGUGUCGUGAGGGAAGAGGGGGCUGCCAGAGGGGAAAAGCGUGCGGAGAUAGUAGCUCGUCUCGACAGGGAGGCGGAAAAACCUGUCGCCGUUCAUCAGUCGUCUCUGUUGGCCUCGAAAACUGACAGUGACAUCUCGGCUGAGUAUCUUCCACCGCCGGACGGCCUCCGUCUCGCCGAUGAAGGCCGCCCGGCUGCCAAACACACUGAAGUUGUCGUCACUCAGCACCACAAUCCUCCGGCCUCGCAGCAAGUACAGCAUCUCCAGCACAGGCCGCCAUCUGGCCCAAUCGCCGCCCCUCUCGAAGAUGAAGAGCCGACGUGUGAUGGCCACAAUGAUGGACACCCUCUGGGUCAGCUGAGGCAUCGGCACCUCCAUCAGACCGCCAAAGAUGGCCUCCACCACGACGGGCAGCAGUCGUAUGAGAAUGGGCAGCAGGACGGCGGCGGUGAAUUGGGUGGGAUGGGCGGCGAUGAGGGCCUCCAGCUGUGAGUAAUUCCUGACGUACUCGGCAACUAAGGGCACCGCCUCAUCUGGCACAUCAGCGGGACUGAUGAGGCGAUCAUACUGAUGCUGCUGGUGCUGAUUGACACACGACACAUGGCUGGCACCUGCACCACCAUCAGCACACACACACACACACAGACAGUCAGCUGUGUGCCGGCAUGAUUGUGCCUUUCUGCAGCGAACGUGUUGGUCACCAUUGGCGGCCGACGCAGCGGACGAUGUCGUGUUCUUAGAUAUGCCAUUCUCGACACGAGCAGCCGAUGUCUGCAAUCAACGCAGACAGACAGGCAAACAGACAGACAGACAUCAUGUGUGCCUGCCGGUGCUGUCCUUCUCCGCUCGCCUCGCCGUGCAUAGGCCCUUCAGCCACCGCCAUAGACCAAGCAUGCCGGAGGAAGAGGCCCUUGUGAGUCACAGAUCUGCCACAAUCACACGCAGAGACCACACAGGCCGUCAUUGCUGAUCUCAUAAGGCCCUCUUGGGUGCCCUCCCUCACCUCAAUGCGUCAGAUCAGCGCCGCUCAGAGAGAUGACGGCCACAUCUCUGUUGAUCGAUGUCAUCACAGCGGCGCUUCGGUCACCUCCCAGGCACUCCACGCCGCCCUGUUAUCGCAAAAAGGCAAAG